UUGUGCAGGUCUUGGAGUUGGAAGCCGAUCCUCUGUUUUGGUUCUGCUCGACCACUCUAUAACACCAACUGAACGAAUGAAUAUCAGCAGCCAUUUGGCUUCGCCAUGUAGAAAAGUUCACAUUUCAUUUUCCCGUCGGAGUAUUGCAUCGAUAAUUGAAUCCCUCGAUUUCGUGCAGCGGAGGAGAAGCUCCGAUCCAAACCAACCGCUGAAGGAGCGCGAUCGGAAGGGGGUCCAAGUGAGAGUAGCACUAAUAAUGUCUAAACUUAUCAUGGUAGCAUAGCAAGAUAAAUCAAUGUACCAUAGAUGGAUGCGUGCUUCCCAAUGCAUAUUCUCUGGUCUUAGAAGUUCACACUAGAUUUGUGGCGAAGCUUGUCAUGUUUGAUUUCAAAAUUAAACACCACCCAACAAUCAUUUACAGGCCAAUUCGGCCAUCUGAUCUUCAAGUUCUUGAGCUGAUCCAUGCUUCUUUAUUCCCCGUAAGGUAUGACAUAGACUUCUUCCUCAAUGUUGUCAAUGGGCUAGGCAUCGUCUCUUGGGGUGCUGUUGACAUUAGCCGGUCAGAUGGCCGCUUUGAUGAGCUUAUCGGAUUUGUCACAACACGCAUCAUCUCAGUAAAAGAAAGUGAGAUUGAGAAUUUACUAAGAUAUGACAUGUCAAGGAAGGAUCAAACUCUAGUCUAUAUCUUGACACUUGGUGUGGUAGAACAAUACAGGAACCUUGGCAUAGCUUCUGCACUGGUUCGAGAAGUUAUAAAAUACGCUUCAAGCAUUUCCAGCUGCAGAGCAGUAUAUUUGCAUGUCAUUGCUUACAAUCAGCCAGCCAUCCAUUUCUAUCAAAAGAUGCUGUUUAAGCUUGUAAGAAGGUUAUUGAAGUUCUACUAUAUUAAUGGGCAACAUUAUGACUCAUUCCUAUUUGUGUACUAUGUUAACGGAGGUCAGUCUCCAUGCUCACUUAGGGAAGUAUUAGCAGCAUUUUCUGCAUAUUUGAGGAGAUUGCUGAGCAUCCUGGCUGGAAAGAUUUGGGUCAAGAGGAAGCCAAGAUGGCCCAGAUGUAAAGAAAACAACAUCCUUUUAGUAUCACAGAACAAGAGAAUCCUCAACACUGAGAAUUCCAUCUGCCAAACCGCUUAAAAUUGAGGUAUUGACGCAAAACUAUUGAAAUGCCUGUUCCACUGCUUUUCUAAGUAGAGUCCAGGAUCCUGUAUUUUAUCAGAUACCUUUGUGAUUAGCAAAUGUUGGCGUCGCAGCAUCUUUUUUUUAAGUUAGUACAUAAAUAGAGUCAAAUUAUUUUGGUAUUUCUGUUGUCUUAUUAACAAUUAACUGAAUCCACAUUUAACAGUGUGUAGGUCUUCGUAAAUAUGUAAUAUAUUGUUUUAUA